GUAGGCGGGAUGACAGUAUUGCGUCUCGUGUACGCAGACCUCGUGUCCACAUUGCGAUCGACACAGGGGCACGUGACAUGCGGCAGGACCCGGUUGCCGUUUCAGAGGACGAGAUGGGAGAUCCUUCCAACGAGACGCAGCGCGACCCGGUUCAUGCAGAGGAGCUAGCCUCAAACACUGAUGUGAUAGUGACGGAGGAGGAUAUAGGGUUCAGGAUCACUCAUCCCCGGUCGCCAGCGCCGGUUGUUGGCACAGAGGAGGAGACGGAGUUCGGAGGACCCGGUCCACUCCGCCAGGCGCAGACUCGGUGCACUCCAGCAGGCGCCCCAGUCCACUCCACAGGAGUGGGUUUGGAGGACGGCGAGGCACAACGUGAGCCGCCUCCUCACACGAGUGACGGCGUUCUAGAGGAGGGAGAGGUUGUACCCACUCCCACUUGUGGAAAGGACGGGGAGGACGAACGUCCUCCGACGGACCACCACGUCGGCCUCGACUCAUUCCCCGUUCUUUCUAGUUCCCAGACUUCUACUACUACGGCUCCUGUCCUCUUGUCACAGUCGGCACUCCCACUUCCCCCCCACUACCAGCCCCCGCACUAUGUCCCGCAAUUUCGACCGGACCGCCUUCCUACGUUCGAUGGCAAGGCCUCCGAGCUACAGCUAUGGAUCACGACCUCUGAGGAGCAGCUCCGGUACCAUGGUGUCCACAUGGACCUAUGGCCUGUUGAGAUGUCAUCUCGCUUUACAGGUCGCGCGGCCUCCACCUGGCGCGAUUUCCUCGCCCUUCGUGCUCAGCGGGGUGUACAGCAGAGCAUGUCUUACCCGGAGUUUCGAGACUUUCUCCAGCAGUACUUCUCCCGACCGGUGCCGACCCGUGAAAAGAAAAUACAAGCCCUAGGGGGUAAAGAAAAACCCGGUGACAAUCCUAAUAGAGAAAGAUUAUGAUGAAGCAUCGGAAAAGGAGAGGAGGAUUAUAAAAACAUUAAGAGAAUCAGCAAAACUGGAGAAUAGGGUCACCAAAAAGAGGUUUGAAAUACUGAAGAUAGGCUCGGAUCAGUUUAUCCUUCCUAAAGAGAAAUAAUAUAUCUUCAGUAUGUGUUAGGAAUUCUCUGGUGCUUUCUCCUUGAAUGAUGAAGAGAGAGGGCGAUUAGACGUAGACAUGAUCAAGAUGGUCAAGAUUUGGACAGUUAAUCACGUUCCAUGAAAUGAUAGGCGAACAAAAUAUGCCUUGAAGG